GUAAAUUUCUCUCCUCUGCCCUCUCGCUCUCUCUCACACACACUCUCCCUCUCUCUUCCUCCACCCUCUUGCGUGAAGUCCUAGAACCUGAAGCAAGCCGAUCGUCCACCGCGAGAUUGCCCGCCGUAUGAGAAUGCGCCAUACCCGUUGCCGGCUCCCCUCGAACUUGUAAUCCCGUCCGCCGUCUAAAUCUACUCGCCAAAGCCCCCACCGCCACUGUCCCGCCAGGACGGCGGCUGUUCGUUGAUAAGCUCUCGACCGACGACUUGUCCGACAGCUUGUGGCUCCGAACCACACACCCACGGCCAACAACCCCAGAACCUCACGAUAUCCGUCGUCUAUAGAGCGGGGGAACACAGUUCACAUUCAACAUCCAGUCGGCUCAUUUAGCUUCAUUCGCCCCCCACAAACGGAAAAGACAAUGGCUCGCAGCGGCCUCCCCGGUCUCGCCGCCCUCCUCCUCCUCUUCACCCUCCUCGCGCCCCUCGCCGCCGCCCAGCUCCAGAUCUACACGGGCUCCGACAAGUAUCUGUAUCAGGGAUGCUUCAAUGAGACCAACGACAUCGCCAACACGGCCCACGAGCGCGCCCUGUCUGGCGGCGCCUCCCGCGUCCUCCAGGGCAACAUGACGGUACCGUUGUGCCUCAGCUUCUGCAGCAGCGGCGCCGACAAGGAAUACACCUAUGCUGGCCUCGAGUACUCACGCGAAUGCUGGUGUGCCCAGAGGAUCUCGGGCCUCUCGGUCAAGUUCGACGACAGCGAGUGCAACCUGCCCUGCGACGGCAACCAGGGCAUGGUCUGUGGCGGCGCGCUGAAGCUGAGCGUGUACAAGCUCAAUGCCGGCGGCGUUCGGCUGGCGACCGCCUCGACGUCCUGGGCCGCCUUGUCCGUGGCGGCGUUGGCGACGUAUGUGAUGUUGCUGUGACGAUGGUAAUCCCCCGGUAAAGGAGAGAAGUGUUGAGGAGAGCAUGCCAGAUAGUGCGCGCGACGUUUGAGAAGUCACACGCAACAUUUUGUUUUCUUUGCUUUUGGAGGAUACCCCCCUGGUUACCGGCUUAUAGAAUUUCCCAAGUUGGAUCAAUGUCUCAUCUUUCCCACGCCACAUUGAGGCCAAGAAGAAAGUCGAGGUUGUACACAAAAUGUGCUCCCCCCCCCCGUCAUCUUCUCCUUUUCCGCUCCCGCGUGCGCUAUGAGCGGUCCAGCAUUAAAUGAUAUCAUGUCAUGGCUCGUGAUUUCUAUUUGCAAC